GCAACCAUUGUGGAGGAUCUGAUGCGUCGCGCUUUCAUCUGUCAGAUCUUGCUUACUUCCAUUUUAUAUUUGGUUUUCACGUGAUGAUGCGUUGCUUCCGAUGAUAAACAUUUAUUGAUUUGGCCCACCUAACCUUAUCUCACGGGAAAUAAAUACAUAGUAACUACGUUGCCAUCACAACAAGUCUGUCUGAGAGAUAUAGUUCAUUACUCCAUUACAUAUCUCUCAACCAUGGCGUAUAACGUGAUCAAGAUCUCUCGGAUCAGCCCCGCAACAGAUCUUGUCGACUCCCUCAUCCUCCCACUCAGUUUCUUCGACUUAGUGUGGCUAAAAGACAUUCCCACGAACCGAGUCAGCUUCUACAAACUCACCGAGUCAUCUCGCCACUCCUUCUACUCACUCAUCCUCCCCAAGCUCGAGCACUCCCUCUCCCUCGUCCUUUCACACUUUCUCCCUCUCUCCGGCCACGUCAAGUGGAACCAAGAAGAUCCCAAGCCGCACAUCAUCAUCUCACCGCAAGAUGCCGUCUCUCUCACGGUGGCUGAGACAGAUGCCGACUUCUCUCAUCUUUCCGGCAAAGGGCUCCGUUACCAGACUGAGUUAUGCGCUCUAGUCCCCGAGUUACCGGUUUCCUCUGACUCAGCGCCUAUUCUCACUCUUCAAAUCACUUUGUUCCCGAACCAAGGCUUUUGCAUCGGAACCACAAUCCACCACGCUGCCGUGGACGGCAAGACUCUCGUGAAAUUUCUCAAAUCAUGGGCUCACAUCUGUAAGUACGGAGCAAUACCGCAAGAUCUUGACCUACCUAUGCUUCUAGAUCGUACGGUUAUAAAUCUUCCAUCCGAACUGCCGAAUCUCUCUGUAGACGUAAGAACACUAAAGCUUCCUCCCGUGAAAGAGAUCGAAGAAGACGUGGUCAGGUUCGCGUUCGAGCUGACUCAUGAGAACGUGAAGAAACUCAGGGAGCGAGCCAAAAGCGAGUCGACUCGCUCCGAUCUUCAGCUGUCGACUUUCGUAGUCACGUACGCCUAUGUACUGACAUGCGUUGUGAAAGCGCGUGGAGUCAACGCGGACCAACCGGUUCCUUUCACGUUCGUUGCUGAUUUUAGAGACCGGUUAGACCCGCCGGUUCCUGCGAGCUACUUUGGGAACUGCGUGUUGCCUAUCAACUUCUUAGGGUACAAAGGCAAGAUGUUUUUGGGAGAAGAGGGGUUCGUUAACGGUGUGGAGAUUGUCAAUGAUGCGGUCAGAGAUUUGAGUUUGAGAGGGGCUGAGUCGAUAUGGGAGUUGUAUGAGGAAGGGUUGAAAAAGAUAGAACCAGGUAUAAAGAAGCUGUCCGUUGGUGGGUCUAACAGGUUUGGGAUAUAUGAGACGGAUUUUGGGUGGGGACGACCCGUUCAUACUGAGAAUGUAUCCAACAGCGGAAACCUUCUCUACUCUAUGUCGGAGAGCAGGGAUGAAGCCGGUGGUGUGGAGAUUGGCAUGUGUUUGAAGAAAUGUGAGAUGGAUGUUUUUGUUACUGAGUUUCAAAAUGGACUGUAAGAUGUGGAGGUUGGUAUGUGUUAG